UUUAACGCUGUGGACUAAAGUUCUGAAAACGUCCACCCUUGCUCCCCUAAAACUUCAUCUUAGCAGCCAGGUACCAGAGUCGUAAAACUGUUCCAAGAUGCUAACUCCUGCCUGGGCGUUGAUAGCUCUACUAGUGCUGCUGGAUAUCCCAAGUGUUGUGAAAACUCAGGUCAAUCCAGCUGUCUGCCGUUAUCCACUGGGCAUGUCUGGUGGGCAUAUCCCUGAUGAGGAUAUUUCUGCUUCCAGCCAGUGGUCCGAAUCCACAGCGGCUAAGUACGGAAGGCUGGGUUCUGAGGAAGGAGAUGGUGCUUGGUGCCCUGAGAUCCCUGUUGAACCAGAUGACCUCAAGGAAUUCCUGGAGAUUGAUUUGCAUGCCCUGCACUUUAUCACGCUGGUGGGGACCCAAGGCCGACAUGCAGGGGGGCACGGCAAUGAGUUUGCUCCCAUGUACAAAAUUAAUUACAGUCGGGAUGGAGCCCGCUGGAUCACCUGGCGGAACAGGCAUGGAAAGCAGGUGGUUGAUGGAAACACCAACCCAUAUGACAUUGUCCUCAAAGACUUGGAGCCACCUAUAAUCGCUCAAUUUAUUCGGUUUAUACCUGUGACUGAUCACUCCACAAAUGUCUGCCUCCGGGUGGAGCUCUAUGGUUGUGUCUGGUUGGAUGGGCUGGUUUCAUACAGCGCUCCAGCAGGGCAGCAGUUAGUUCUACCUGGUGGCACUGUGAUUUACCUGAACGAUUCAGUCUACGAUGGAGCUUUUGGCUACAGCAUGACAGAAGGGUUAGGUCAGCUGACAGAUGGGGUUUCAGGCCUGGAUGAUUUCAGUCAGACACAUGAAUACCAUGUAUGGCCUGGUUAUGAUUACAUCGGCUGGCGCAAUGAGAGCACCACGAACGGCAAUGUGGAAAUCAUCUUUGAAUUCGACCGGAUCAGAAACUUCACCACUAUGAAGGUUCACUGCAACAACAUGUUUGCCAAAGGAGUGAAGAUCUUCAAGGAGGUGCAGUGCCAUUUCCGCUCUGAUGCCAACGAAUGGGAGCCUAACGCUGUCUCCUCAGUGCUGGUCCUCGAUGACGUUAAUCCCAGCGCCCGCUUUGUCACGGUGCCCCUCCUCCACCGCAUGGCCAGUGCCAUCAAAUGUCAGUUCUACUUUGCUGACACCUGGUUGAUGUUCAGUGAGAUCACCUUCCAGUCAGAUGCAGCCAUGUAUAACAAUUCUGGAGCCCUUCCUGAGUUUUCCGUUACUCCCACUACUUACGAUCCAACCCUCAAAGUGGAUGACAGCAACACCCGCAUCUUGAUCGGCUGCCUGGUGGCCAUCAUCUUCAUCUUGGUGGCCAUCAUUGUAAUAAUCCUCUGGAGGCAAUUUUGGCAAAAGAUGCUGGAAAAGGCUUCUCGCCGGAUGCUGGAUGACGAAAUGACUGUCAGCCUCUCUCUGCCCAGUGAGUUCAGCGUGUUCAACCACAACCGCUCCACCUCUUCAAGUGAGCGAGAAUCCAACUCCACAUACGACCGCAUAUUCCCCUUGGGCCCAGACUACCAGGAACCCUCUCGGCUGAUCCGCAAGCUGCCUGAAUUCACCCCAGGGGAAGAUGAGGCAGGUUGCAGUGGGGCAACCAAGCCUGCCCAGCCAGGUGGAGCUGAAGGGGUUCCUCACUAUGCAGAGGCAGACAUUGUCAACCUGCAAGGGGUCACUGGCAGCAACACCUAUUCUGUCCCUGCUCUCACUAUGGACUUGCUUUCUGGCAAAGAUGUGGCUAUGGCUGAAUUUCCUAGGAAACUGCUGACUUUCAAAGAGAAGCUGGGAGAAGGCCAGUUUGGAGAGGUCCACCUGUGUGAAGUAGAAGGGAUGGAGAAGUUUGCGGACAAGGAUUUUGUUCUGGAUGGCAGUGUCGGCCAGUCUGUCCUCGUGGCUGUGAAAAUGCUGCGAGCUGAUGCCAACAAGAAUGCCAGGAAUGAUUUUCUCAAGGAGAUUAAAAUCAUGUCCAGGCUGAAGGACCCCAACAUCAUCCGGCUGUUGGCUGUGUGCAUCACUGAUGAUCCUCUCUGCAUGAUCACAGAGUACAUGGAGAACGGAGACCUCAAUCAGUUCUUGUCUCGCCAGGAGCCCCAGGGCUUACCAGAGAGUGCCACUUCUUCAGUCAGCUAUGCUGACCUGAAAUUCAUGGCUACACAGAUUGCUUCUGGCAUGAAGUAUCUGUCCUCCUUGAAUUUUGUCCACCGAGACCUGGCCACACGCAACUGUCUAGUGGGGAAGAAUUACACCAUCAAGAUAGCGGACUUUGGAAUGAGCCGGAACCUCUACAGUGGAGACUACUAUAGGAUCCAGGGCCGAGCGGUGCUCCCCAUCCGUUGGAUGUCGUGGGAAAGCAUCCUUUUGGGGAAAUUCACCACAGCAAGUGAUGUGUGGGCAUUUGGUGUGACGCUCUGGGAGACCUUCACGUUUUGCCGUGAGCAGCCCUAUUCCCAGCUUUCUGAUGAACAAGUCAUUGAGAACACCGGCGAGUUCUUCAGGGAUCAGGGACGGCAGACAUACCUCCCCCAGCCUGCAUUCUGCCCGGAUCCCGUGUAUAAGCUCAUGCUCACCUGCUGGAGACGAGACACCAAAGACCGGCCUUCGUUCCAAGAAAUCCAUCACCUCCUCCAAGAAGCAACCACUUCAUAGUCAGUGCGUUUCAUUCCUACGCAGGACCAUCUCUCAAAGAAACCCCACACCUCAAGCUGAAGCAACAUCACCUGGACUUUUCAUUGCUUUGAGUAGCGGAGCUGGAACUUUGAUCAGCCACCACGGGAAAGAAAGUGGACUCUGACCAGGUCUGCCGCGCAACCUUAUUCAAGGUGCUGUGCUUUAGACUGGCAAAGUUUGAAACAAAUGUUUAUUUAUCUUGUACAUGUUAUAGCUUUUGGUUUAUGAAUGCAUUUUUUUCUGCAAAAGGAGGAAGAAAUAAUGAGGUAUACUUUUUUUAUGAGAUUUUUUUUAGAUGUAUCCUGAAGAUGAAAUUGGCAAGAGGCAUACAGAAUAGGAGAGUGCCGAAGCACCUGGCUAGUAUUUUAUGUUCAAGGCUAUAUGUGUGGUAUGAGCCCUCAGGAACACAAAAAUGAAAAAGCACAGAAUGGGAGGAUUUGGCUUCUGUAGAAUUUCAGCUUUAACAACCCCCCCCCAAAGAUUCUUGUCCUUUUUAGUUCUGAGUAUAUAUCUUUAAAAUCUUUUUAGUUCUGAGUAUGUAUGGCCCCGUUUGUGUUUUGUACUACAUGAAAUAUCAGACUGUUGUGUCUCAUGUGUCCUGGAUCUGGAGUUCCUCUACUAGGUGCUCUCCCCACCCAAUCCUUCAGGUCUCUUCCCAAAGUGCGGAAGGGAAGACCUAAGCUCCUUCGCCCUAUGCGUUGUAAUCCCUAUUUGAAUUGGGCCCCUGUGCACCUGGGAAGUAUGUUUAUGGAACUCCAGGCAUGUGUUGAUAGACUGCAUGUCCACCAUGUGGUCUUUGUGUGAGGUGUGAAUUGACCCACAAUUAAACAGAGAGAGUGAAUGUUAGUUUGAAGCUGCUAGAUCAAAAUACUGCUGUAGGAUAUUUGUCUGUGAAUGUCUUUUGGAAGUAGAAACUGGGAUUUCAGAAAGUGAGGUUUUCUUGUAAUAGGGGACUUCAGACAUCUUCCUAUUGUUGUUUUCCCACAGCCUCUUGGCUUAUGAACUGUUGAGGUAUAGCAUGAGGAGCGUGGUUGGUUUUGCAAAGCACAGGCUCUUAUGGUGUCUGAAGUGACCCUACUGUGAGGGAAGGUGAGGUGUGCUGCCUUAGGCAGACAAUUUUGAGGGUCUUUAAAGGGGGAGAGAGUGGUAGACGGAAUUUGACAGUGUGGCUCCUGUUCAUUUCAUGGGGACUUGUGAAAGAGAACUUUUUGGGACUAGCACUCUGAAGGAAAUUAGGUAUCAACCAGGCAGGCUGCCAAGCUGGAAAGCCAGCAGGUAGGCUGGAAGUACUCCAAGCCAGGCCAAAUUAGAUGUGGUGGGGCAGCCAUGUUUGUUUGUACACAUGCCUGCGUUCACGUAGUGAGAGGUGAGAGAGUGCAUGGCUGAAGGGAAGCUGAACCCCUCUCUCCAAACUUGACUUGCUACUUCAUAUGUGAAUAGGGCAGACACAGGAGCAGCAUGCAGCUGCCCCCAUCCUGUUUCAUUUUGUACAUCAGUCUGUACUGAGACUGGAAAGCUGGGCCACAAGUGUUAGAGGGCCAGGUGGGACCUUAUUGGCUCCUUGGAUCAUGUGACCACCUAAGAA